GAGCUCCAGCCCCGGCCCGAGGCGACGGGAGCCGAACGGGAGGCGCGGAAGCCAACACCAGGUCCCCAGCGCCGCCGUCGCCUCCGAGCCGCUCGCGCCCCUGGCUAGCUGGCGGCGGCUGCGAGCGCCGAGGCCAGCCCCUGGCCCGCGGGUGGGUCGCCAGCGCCAUGGCCACCCCAGAACCGCUGCGGCCGCGCCUGUGCUGCCUGGUGCGUGGCGAGCACGGCUACGGCUUCCACCUGCAUGGCGAGAAGGGCCGUCGCGGGCAGUUCAUCCGGCGCGUGGAGCCCGGGUCCCCGGCCGAGGCGGCCGAGCUGCGCGCUGGAGACCGCCUGGUCGAGGUCAACGGCGUCAACGUGGAGGGCGAAACGCACCACCAGGUGGUCCAGAGGAUCAAGGCUGUGGAAGGGCAGACCCGGCUGCUGGUGGUAGACAAGGAGACGGACGAGGAGCUGCGCCGGCGGCAGCUGACCUGCACUGAGGAGAUGGCCCAGCGAGGGCUUCCACCCGCCCAUGACCCCUGGGAGCCAAAGCCGGUCUGGACACGUGCAGGCAGCCUUGGCUCCAAGGAUGGCCAGAAGGAUGUCAAUGGGCCCCCAAGGGAGCUUCGCCCGAGGCUCUGCCACCUUCGAAAGGGCCCUCAGGGAUAUGGGUUCAACCUGCACAGUGACAAGUCCCGGCCAGGACAGUACAUCCGUUCGGUGGACGUGGGCUCGCCGGCUGCCCACUCCGGCCUCCGCGCCCAAGAUCGACUUAUUGAGGUGAACGGGCAGAAUGUGGAGGGACUGCGCCACGCAGAGGUGGUUGCCAGCAUCAAGGCACGCGAGGAUGAGGCCCGGCUGUUGGUGGUGGACCCGGAAACGGACGAGUACUUCAAGAGGCUGCGGGUCACGCCCACCGAGGAGCAUGUGGAAGGUCCACUGCCAUCACCUGUCACCAAUGGGACCAGCCCUGCCCAGCUCAAUGGUGGCUCAGCGUGUUCAUCCCGAAGUGAUCUGCCUGGCUUAGACAAGGACAAUGAGGACCGCAGCACCUGGAAGCACGACCCUUUUCAGGAGAGUGGCCUCCACCUGAGCCCCACGGCGGCUGAGGCCAAGGAGAAGGCAAAGGCCACCCGGGUCAACAAGCGGGCCCCGCAGAUGGACUGGAACCAGAAGCGUGAGAUCUUCAGCAACUUCUGAACCCCUCGCUGCCUGUGUGCUGGGCCCGGCCUUCUCCCCGCACGGACUUUGGGCCUCCCUCCGCGGGCCCAGACCAGAGCUCCCCAAGCCGCAGUGGACUGGAGGAGGUGCAUCCUCACCCCCAGGAGCGUGGUGGCCCCACCGCCACCCAGGAACCAACCCACAUCCCAGCGAGUCCCCGUCCUGAUCCCCCUACCGUUCCCGUGGGUGCUGGGGGAACGUGGCAGCAACACUGGGGAGAGGGAGCCCCCAAUGUGUGAGACAUUGAGAGAGGGAGAGGCAGCGGUGACCCUAGGGGCCGGCCUUUGCUGCUCUGCCUGGGCCUGCUGACUUAAAGGAAUUUGUGGUUUUGCUUCUUUUUUUUUUUUUUUUCCAAAAAGAGCUCCAGCUCCACACAUGUUUUCACUUAAUACCAGAGCCCCGCCCCCGCCAGGACAUGUUCUCUAAAUAAUUGCAAUAAAACAAACCUUUCUCUACAAACCAUUUCCUCCCCACCCCUUCCUUCUUGGCAGCAGCCAUGCCGGUGGGAGUCCCAGGAACUGCCUGGGACAGAGGCAGUGGGCAGGCGAUUUGAGGGGCUUCAGGUGAGGCUGGGAGGCCAGAUGUGGCUACAGAAGCUUCCCCUCAGCCUCCUCGUUGCCUUCCCUGGUGUGGGGGCUCGCUAGGCCAAGCCCCCCAUGUUCCCACCACACCAGGGGUCUGGGAUGCAGGGUCUGGGCUCUCGGAGGGGCCGGAGGAUGGAGGCCCCUGCCCCUGAAGAGGGCAGCCUCUGGACAGGCCCCUUGUUCCUUUGCCACAGCCCCUGGCUUGGGGGGUGUGGUUGUGAGAGAGAGCCUGCCCCAGGAGUGCCUCCAGGCUUCGGGCUUGGCCCCUGCCUGGCGCCCUCCCCCAGUAGACCCCACAGACUCUGCCUUGAAACCCCCCGACAUUGCCGUCUGCCCUGUAAGCCAUAGCGCAUCUGCGCCCUUGGAAUAAACAGGCCAU